AUGGAUACAACAUGGAAAAAUCGUCUUCAAGAAUAUUGUCAGAAAAAAAAGAUUUCAUUGCCGAAUUAUCGAAUAAAAAAUCAAUCUGGUCCAGCACAUAUCUUGAAAUUUCAAGUUGAAGUCGAAGUAGAUGGUCAUUGGUAUCUGGGUGACAAUCUGUGUUCAUCAAAGAAAGAAGCAGAACAAUCGGCAGCUAAAAAAGCAUGGGAAGGCUUACUUGCUAGAAAUGCAAGUUCAGUUUCAAUUCCACUAUCUUCACAAAAUUCGACAGUCAUAACUGCUGAAGAAUAUUCAGAAGAACCACCACCAUACUCUCUAGUUGCAUUAGCUGAUUCAAUAAACCACUUACCUGAUCAAUUUAUGGAUAUCGAAAACUUUAUAGCUACUAAAAUUCGCGCAUUCAAUGGGCGAAUUCGUAAAAUAUCACCACCGGAUUCAAAAGGACGAUAUAAAUUUGACAUAACUGGUUCUUAUCGUUAUUGUGAAAAUGUUCGACGACAUCAUAAAAAAAAUCAAAUUUACUUCAUUGUUGAUCCUGUUAAAGGAACUUAUUUUCAAAAAUGUCAUGAUCCAGAAUGUUAUGGUUUUCAAUCACCCAUACAUUACAUUACAGAUGAACAAACAACACUUUCUGAUUCAGAAGAAACAAAUUCUCUGGAUAAAUGUUCAUAUUGUAGAAAAUCUCUUACGUCUCAAAAUCAAAGUAAAUGUGAACGUUGUGGAGAAGUAUUUUGUAUCGAUUGUUUACGUCUUUGUGAAUUAUGUCAUGAUGCAAUUCAUUGUGAACGAUGUUUUGAAUCAUGUUUUGAUUGCCAUGAUUCAUGA